GCGGCCCUGGUUGUAAACAAGCCCGGAGCCGGCUUCGAGAGCGGCAAGCACGGCGCCCGGGGCCCCGCCUCCGUGAAGUAUCUCUGAAAAGAAGCCUUGAUGGCUUAAGAAAUUAAAUCUUCAAUUCCUUGAAGUAUUUACUGAAUUAUUUAUCUUAUAAGAUUUGACUUCCCAUGCUGUAUCACAAAGCAAAGAACCAAAAAGAAUGAACCAAGAUGAAACAGAGAAGAUGCUUUUUGAACAUCUUUUCAUGGAUAGAAAGGUUCUAGAAUGUGGCGUUUGUGAAGAUGUGUUUUCUUUGCAAGGAGACAAAGUUCCACGCCUGCUUUUGUGUGGCCACACUGUCUGUCAUGACUGUCUUACACGCCUUCCCCUCCAUGGAAGAGCAAUUCGCUGCCCGUUUGAUCGACAAGUAACUGAGCUAGGAGACUCAGGUGUCUGGGGAUUGAAAAAGAAUUUUGCAUUGUUGGAGCUUUUGGAACGACUACAGAAUGGCCCUAUUGGUCAAUACGGAACAACAGAAGAAGCAGUUGGAUUAUCUGGAGAGAGCAUCAUACGCUGUGAUGAAGAUGAAGCCCAUGUUGCAUCAAUGUAUUGCACUGUUUGCGCUACUCACUUGUGUUCGGAGUGUUCCCAGCUUACCCAUUCUACAAAGACCCUUGCAAAGCACAGGCGUGUGCCUCUGGCAGAUAAGCCUCAUGAGAAGACCAUGUGCUCCCAGCACCAGGUGCAUGCCAUAGAGUUUGUUUGUUUAGAAGAAGCUUGUCAGGCCAGCCCUCUUAUGUGCUGUGUCUGCAAGGAAUAUGGAAAACACCAGGGUCAUAAGCAUUCAGUAUUGGAACCAGAAGCAAACCAGAUCCGAGCAUCAAUUUUAGACAUGGCUCACUGCAUACGAACUUUUACUGAAGAAAUCUCAGAUUAUUCCAGAAAAUUAGUUGGAAUUGUUCAGCACAUAGAAGGGGGAGAGCAAAUUGUGGAAGAUGGAAUUGGAAUGGCCCACACAGAACAUGUACCUGGUACUGCAGAAAACGCUCGAUCCUGUGUCCGAGCCUAUUUUUCUGAUUUACAUGAAACUCUGUGUCGUCAGGAAGAAAUGGCACUGAGUGUUGUUGAUGCGCAUGUUCGAGAGAAACUGAUUUGGCUGAGACAGCAGCAAGAGGACAUGACUAUAUUGUUGUCGCAGGUUUCAACAGCCUGUCUCCACUGUGAAAAGACUUUGCAACAGGAUGACUGCAGAGUGGUCUUGGCAAAACAGGAGAUUACCAGGUUACUCGAAACAUUACAGAAACAGCAGCAGCAAUUUACUGAACUUGCAGACCAUAUUCAACUGGAUGCUAGUAUUCCUGUCACUUUUACAAAGGACAAUAGAGUCCACAUUGGACCUAAAAUGGAGAUUCGGGUUGUCACUCUAGGAUUAGAUGGUGCUGGAAAAACUACUAUUUUAUUUAAGUUAAAACAAGAUGAGUUCAUGCAGCCCAUUCCAACAAUUGGUUUUAAUGUGGAAACUGUAGAAUAUAAGAACCUAAAAUUUACUAUUUGGGAUGUAGGAGGUAAACACAAAUUAAGACCAUUAUGGAAGCAUUAUUACCUCAAUACACAAGCUGUCGUAUUUGUCAUUGAUAGUAGUCACAGAGACAGAAUAAGUGAAGCACAUAGUGAACUCGCAAAGUUGUUAACAGAAAAAGAACUGAGAGAUGCUUUGCUGCUGAUAUUUGCAAAUAAACAGGAUGUUGCAGGAGCCCUUUCAGUAGAAGAAAUAACAGAACUUCUUAGUCUGCAUAAACUCUGCUGUGGUCGAAGCUGGUAUAUUCAGGGCUGUGAUGCACGGAGCGGGAUGGGGCUCUAUGAAGGACUGGAUUGGCUUUCAAGGCAACUUGUGGCUGCGGGUGUACUGGAUGUGGCUUAAAUUCAUACACAGCCAUUGUUUAAAGUUUGUGGUUAACUGUUAUUUGCACAUGACAGAUUGUAAGAAGUUCUGCAUCUCGAAGAUGGCAGUUAAUCUAGGAUUGUGUUUACAGAACAAAAUGUUUGUAUCUUCCACUGGGAAUUCAGUUCCUUUUUAUACUCUUGAGAGUAAAGUAAAAUGUUUUCCCUAGUAGAUUGAGUUGGUUAUAAGGGUACCUUGAAUUCACAUCUUUUUAGGUGAAUUUGAGUUUUCAGUGCAUUCACUGUUAGUAUGUUGGAACAAAAAGGAGGAAGGCUAAAUUACACAUUGGAUUACUGUCCUCUUUUUACAUUGAACAUUAGUCAUGCAAUUAGGAAAGUACAGCUGUUCCUCUAAAAUUGCCUUUUCAUUUAAUUUUCAUACUGUCUUACUCCUGAAAAGAGGAGUGACUUAAUGAGACCAAAAGCAAACAGCACCUUCCACCAAAAUAAGACUCUUCAUCCUGACUUUUUUAUGUUCAGUGAAACAAAAAACCUUUAACGCUAAAAAUUAAACUCUAAAAUUAUAAAAAUGUUUUAUACUUAUUUCUUUAUUAAACACCUAAGCUAAAGUAUAAUACUUUAUAUUAUAAUACAGUGAGACUUAAUAAAACUUUAUCUUCAUAGUCUGUAGACCAGGACUGGUUUUAUUGUACAGACAAAAUGAGCACUUGUUUCGGUUAUAAUAUGUAUGUAUAAUAAGCUGUGAAGGUCAGAUGAUUUUCAGUUCAUCUGUGAUUAUGAAAGAUCCAUUGUCAGGCCUGAACCUAGGUAAGCUGUUUGCUUACCUAGGACAGAGCCCCAUGUUGGUGGUCCUUUCUGUUUUCAAUAUCCCUUAAGCCAUUAGUAGUUUCAUGAAAAGCUAACUUGCAUCUUUGAUGUAGCACCCGUCAGUGUAAGCUGCUUUUUGUCAUGACUAUAACGUAGCAAACUUACUGAAACUAAAGAUGGAACCAGAGUAGGCUUUGGUGAAAAGAUAUUUAGGAAUUCAAUUAGGAAAAAGCCUUUUACAGCAUGGGAAAUUAUUCAAAUCACAAAACAUGUAUGUUUAAGCAAAUAUUUUCUCAGUAUGAGUACAUUUCUCAGCAUUGUAUAAUAAGGUCAACUCCCUUGUUUAUUUAACAAUAAAGGCCUGGAAAAUUUAACGUGUGGGGGAUGUAGCAUGUGGAAAAUGCAAAGAAAAAAAUACAAAGUUAAAAUGUUUACAUCUAAUUUGAUCAUGCAUUGUUUUGAGUAAAAGGUUAAAAAAUUUGUGGACUUUUUUUUGCCUCCAGUUUUUCAUAUUUUAAGGUUAUCUUAUGUAAGCAUGAUUCGUUAUGUAAAAGAUAUAUGUGGAUCGAUAAUGUCAUUUCAUCAGUUAUUUUGCAUAUUCAUAGCCCUGCCUGUUUUUUUUUUUAGGAUUAAGUUUUAUUUUUAUUCCAUCUAAUGUGUUAAGUGCAAUUCCCAUGAAUAGGAAUUGCAAGUGAAUGACUUAAGGACAGAGUGGUGACCUUUAAGUAGCAAUUUUUUUUCCUUCGUUGAUGUAAAAUAUAUUUUUAUUUGCAAAAAAAAAGAAAGUUUUUAUUAUUUAAAGAAACAAAACAUUCAGAAAAAGGUUUUUAAGAGCUUUUGGAAAUAUGUAAAUAAUAUUUAACCGUAUUUCAUCUUUUACUUUGUCAGCCUAAAGUAAAUGCUCUGCUAUAAGUGUAGUGUGUGUGCAUAAAAGUAUUAUUACAACAUGUAAAUUAUUUAAUAUUUGACUGAUUCCAAUAACUGUGAAAAUACUGCAUUUGCCUGUGAGCUUUUAAACUGUUUUCUUUAUGACUCUGUUCACUUUCUUUGUAUAAGUUAUUAUUCUCUAUGAACUGCUUUACUUGUGUAUUAUAUUUGUUUGACUAAUUUUAACUUAGUAAUUCACAGUCCUAGCAUCUUACUGACUAUAGUCUUUGGUAUGGAAUGUGGUUCCUUUUGCUUAAAAUAGAAUCCAAUCUAUAUUUUGGGAGUGUUGGAGUUUGGGGGUUUGUAUUUUAAAGAUAUAUUUUAAACUUCAUUUUAUCAUAAUUACUGGUAAUCUUUUGGCAAAUAUAGUCUAGUUAUUUUUCAUUGCCUAAAAAAAUUGCUCUACUAAAUAUUUUGGUUUUUAAAAUAUCACCCCUAUGUUGUCAGUUAUGAGGUAAACUGUUGUCGUUUGAAAAGCCAGGUAAGUUUAAGUAUCAGACAGAAAAGUUGAAAUUUUGUGUUUAGUAUUGGUUAGAGAUUGAGAUCAUAGAUUCAGAAAAUUCCCAUGUCUAAAACUCAUUUACUCCAGGUCUCAUAUUUUACAGAUGAAACUAAAACCCAGGGAAGUUACAUUACUUGCUGAAUAUUAUGUCUGUAGAGCUGUAAGACCCAGAUCUCCACACUUGUAGCCACACCAACCCUUCCCAACCCUCCCCUUUCCUUUCUUUCUAUUUUAUCAUAGUGUCAUAGCUGGAAGGAUGUGCAGAUAAUAUCUCAUCCAAUCCCAUUGUUUUCCAGAUGAGUAAAUUUAAAUCCAGAGGGGCUGAGUGACUUGCCUCAGAUCACCCAGGCAAUAAUUUGCAGAGCUGGGACUCUGAAACCAGUCCUCUGAACCCAAGCACAAUACUCUUUACAAGACAAUACUGCCUUUCAGCAAUACAGUUAAACUUUUUAAUGUCUAUUUAAUUUGAAAGCAAUUAAUUCCCACUUAUUUCCUGAAACAACAUCAUUGAAUAGUUGUGUCCUGUGAAAUUUUUUCAAAAGUAGGCAGUUACCAACAUUUGAUAUUGUGGUGUGGUGGAAAAUGAUACUUCACCACGCAUAAGAAAGCCUUGAAUAUGAUUGAUUUUCUUCUACUGUGGCUAUUAUUUUACACAUUUCCCACUGAGUUUUCUUACAAUAAAACAUUUUAGUGCAAGGACAUGGUACUUUGCAAUUUUCAAGUCAAUUUAAUGUAAUUGUUUAUUGAAGAAAAAAAAAGACCAUUGGAAAAAAUAGUAGGCUACAGGUGAGUUGCUGAUCUGCAUAUACAAGCCUAGAGUCAGGAGACUUGGGUUUUAGUCCUGGGCUUGCCAAUAAUUAGCUAUGUAUGUUUAAGCAAAGCAUGUGACCUCUCUGGGCCUCGGGACCCCUCAUACAUAAAAUACGAGGUUUCACUAGAGGAGUUCUGUGUUGCCUUACAGCUCUGACAGUCUAUGAUUCUAAGUGAUCUUAUGCUCUUUUAUAUGAUUAGUAUAUAAAUAUACAUAUAUAAUCUUUGUAUAUGUUACAAUUUUUCUUAUAUAUGAAGCAUUGCUGUCAAGUGGACUAGGAGUGAAGAGACCUUUUCUUCCAAAUUUAUCAUAGUGGGAAAAUUAAUUAUAUUUGAAAUCUUCAUUGUGAAAGGCACAGUAGAUAAUAGGGGUAGUCCAGAGGUGCAGAAGAUCUGGGUUCAGGGCUUACCUGUGAAAUAUAAUGAGCUGUGUUACCAUGCCCUGGUCAUUUUGUGAGUAGGGACUUGGGGCACUAAGAGGGUAACACAGGUUACAGGUAAGUCACUGAUCUUCCUAGGCUCCCCCCCACAUAGAUGAAAUCACAGGGCCAACCUCACCCUCUGUCCCCUAAAACAUCACACGUAUAUUCAACAAUAUAGGUUUUUACAAGUUUAAGGACUUUUGUUCCUCAAAAACAGUGGUGUCAAACUGCUGGCCACAUAUUGACUUAGACAACCACGAAGUAACAUUAUGUUGUAUUGUAUUUUUAUUUACUGUUAAACAUUUCCCAAUUACUUUCAUUUGGUUCAGGCCAUACUUGGGAGUAUUUACAGGGCAUUUGCCACCUCUGCUCUAAAAGACAAAUUUGAAUACAGGGUAGUUCUAUGUACUUUUAAUAACAACAAGCUAAGUUAUAAAUGUGUACAAAUACACAUCUGCGGUAGACUUCAGUGUCUUUAUAUGAAGCAUAAUAAGAUACAAAAAAAAUGGACUUUGUUUUUAAUGCUGUAAUUAAAAACAAUAUUACACAUUAACUUUUUAAUAUAUUUGAUUAUAACCAUAUUUGAAGUCAUCCUUACUAAUACUUGUCUGUGUGUGUAUUUUACUUUAUUAGUGACUAGUACACAUGUGGUCCAAUGGAAAAGCCCUAGAUUUAGAGUUGGAGGACCUUUGUUCAAAUUCGUGCUCUUGUCAAUUCAUACCUGGCAACCACUGGCAAGUCAUUUAAUCUCUUGAGGCCUGUUUUUUCACCUCUAACAUGAAGGGGUUGGACUAGACAGUCCCUAAAGUCCCUUCCAGUUACUUCUAGAGCUCCAAUCCUAAGGUACAUAGGUAAUGUUUUCUUUUUUAUUGGAAUUUAUUCUAAAACUAAUAAUAAACAUUACAUUACAGAUAACAGCAGUGUAAAACAGGGUUAUCAUAAUAUAGAAAUUGAAAUUCAGCCCAAAUUCUAUUUACACAUAAGAACUUAACAGAACUGAUGCUCAGCCUUAGAAUUUGUAAAGUGUGGCUGAUACUACAAUGCAUUGAGCUGUUUUUUAUCAGUAAUCAAUUGGAAGCCAUUUCUAUAUCUUUCAAUUUUUGUUUUUUAACUCAGUAGUUGAGUUUUAAGAAAUAGGAAUGUGCUACCAGAACAACUUAAAAUCCUGGCCACAGAUAUUCACUUGGUCUUAAUUUAAGUGUAGGUUGGCUAGGAUGUAUUUAAGAUUAUUGUCAUGGAAAAUUAGUUAUUACUAUAUGUUUCCUUCAUGGCUUAGCCAGUUGAAUAACAGCUCACAACUAUGUAGAAAUGUAUUGGUUUGUUUUGUAGUUUGUUUAAAAUUAUUAGUAUUAAAGGUGAAUAUUGAUAUAAGUGCUUUAUUAUGUGACAAAAAAAUUAAAAUGAAUGACUCCUGGAUGAAAUUAGUAAGUGUACACUUGCAGCUUUGCAAUAAGACAAAAUUCUACUUGGAACACAGGUAAAACAAACUGAAGGAAAAGCAUAAGAGGCUGUCAAUAAACCAGUCUUUAAGCUGUUCAAAAUUCUGGUUUAAAACAUUCUAUCCUGAUAAAAAAUCCAGAUUCUUUUAGAAAAUAAUUACACACUGAAAAGCAGUUAGUGAGCUUAAGUUACUUGGGCUUUGCUAAGCAAAAUACUAAUGUAUGUAAAAUGAAGGAUAAGUUGGAUGUGAUAAUGAUGAUAAUAGAAGGAAAACGUGACAUGCAGACUUGCUUUCUCCUGCACCUAUUCUAUGGAAGGACAACAGAGUGAAAUAGAGGACACAAGGGUGUUCUCCAUGCUUUCAAAAGCAAGAAGGUAAAAGGACUAAAAGUUUUUCUUUGAAGCCAUAAAGAAAUAAAAUAAAAGGCUGGGAAGUUUUAAUGAGAAAGAUACCAGAUUGGAUCAUUUUUGCUAAUUUAUUAGUGUGAUAUUUGUGCUUAUGCUUGUCUUUUUGAAUAGUAUUUUUUAUGAAAUGAAAAAUUCAAUUCAUAUGACAGGCAAAAAAAAGGUGUUAUUUUGGCACUUUAUUAACUGCCCUCUGGUAUUCAUACUUCAAAAUUCCAUAUCAGGUUAAUAAUAAAGCUCAAGAGCUAGUAGCCCUUAAGGGGUCAGGUAACCCAAACACCUCAUUUUACCUAUAAGGAAAUUGAAGCCCAAUAACUUUAACAGGGUCGAGAUGACAGGUGAGAUCUGGACCCAGAUUGUGUAACUUUAUAGCUAGUGGCUUUUUCUACUGUAUCACAAUAGUCUGAGGAAUGAAUUGGAUCAUAGGAUUUGGAAGGGGACCUAGAGAUCAUUUGUUACAGUAUGUCACUGGUAGGCAGAGGUGUGAAGUUACACAUGGACAAAUCAAAGACUCUGGCGGUUAAAUGACGAUGAUACAGGCAGGGUAGCCACAGGCCUUAUUGCUGGAAUACAUGUAAGUAGUCCUCAAUACAAAUACCUAUGAAAUACUUAACUAUAUUUUAAGACCUUGUGCUGAAUGUGUGAAUCUGACAUAUAUAUAUACCCAAGAGUUAAAUGUAGAUAAAGGGGAGCCCCAAAGUAUUGAAAGCAUAAAGAGAGAAUGCUCAGGGAAUUAGGGAAUGUUCAUUGUGGGGAGUUCUUGAGUUUGGCCUUAAAGGAAAUUAAGGAUUCAAAGGCCUUAAAUGCCAAGUAUGGGAGGUUCCACUUUCUAGUUGAUAAAUAAGUAGUCACUGAAAGUUUCUGGAGCAGAACCUGAGCACUACAAAGGAAACAUACCUUUUGGGAUGGCUGAUGAAGUUGUUUUGCUUAACCACACAUAGGCAUCUGUGAAGGAUAGACUGGAAGAGAGGAGAGAGACCAGCGACAGGGAAACCUGUAAUGAGAGUGUUCCACAGUAAUAGUUGCACAGGUGAGAGAUAAUGACUUCACAAAGUAGGGUGGUGGCAGUGCAGUAGAGAGGGAGGUGAUAAGAAAGAUAGUCAAGGUGCCGGAUUGGAACCAAAGGGAUUGACGGAUAAAUCGAACAGAUUUUAAGGUUAUUUGUGGAAUGACACUCAUUUGAAUGUAUAAUUCUGGUAGUUCUUUAAGUUUUGUUUCAAAUCCAUGCUUUAUAUUAUGACUUAUACUGUGUUACUACUCUUGAUAAUAAUGAAAGUUAUCAAGCAAUAAAUCAAAUUUUAUAAAUCUA